CAUCUGGUACCUUGGUUGCCUUCAAAACAGCGUCAUUCCUACCGACAGAAAUGGCCAGUCAGUCCCAGGGUAUCCAGCAGCUAUUACAAGCUGAGAAGCGGGCAGCCGAAAAGGUGGCAGAUGCCAGAAAGAGAAAAGCUCGAAGACUGAAGCAGGCCAAAGAGGAGGCACAGAUGGAGGUAGAACAAUACCGCAGAGAGCGGGAGCAGGAGUUCCAGAGCAAGCAGCAGGCGGCCAUGGGAUCCCAAGGGAACCUGUCUGCUGAAGUGGAGCAGGCGACCAGGCGCCAGGUGCAGGGCAUGCAGAGCUCCCAGCAGAGAAACCGGGAGCGUGUGCUGGCCCAGCUUCUUGGCAUGGUCUGCGAUGUCAGGCCUCAGGUCCACCCUAACUACCGGAUCACCGCCUAAAAUUCGGGCCUAGGAACCAUCCCAGGGUCCGACUCCUCCUGACAGUCCCUUUCCUCAAACAAAUCUCCCAAAUCAAUACCACCUCCUUUGCCUCCCUGGCCUAGCAUGCACAAGGCCCUGGAUUCAAUCCCCAGCAUGGCACCAAAAAGAAAGCAGAAAUGAUAUUCCACCAUAAUUCUCUGGAAAUUCUAGGAGGCAGGGUCUCAUAUUCUCCUUUGAGACUUAUAAAUAACCUUCUCCAACAUGAAUCUCUGUGUUCUGUAACAUUAAGACCUUGUAAAUGCCCAAGUCAUCCUCACCUAACCCUUCGGUGUAAUCUGUAACAUAAGGGAAGCAAUGAAUGUAGAAAGCACCCUGACUUUGGAUCCUAGCAGAUUUGGGUUCCUCUCCAAAUCCUGCCCCAUUCUGACUGUGCACCUGGGACAAAUGACUUAACUUGGAAGCCAAAAUGUCUUCCUUUGUGAAACUGGAAUAGUAAUAUUAAUAAUGAUGAUGCCCACUUUGUCAGGUUGCUGCAAUAAUUAGGAAUCAUUAAAGAAAAUAUGCUGGUUCCUCGUAGGUACUGAUUGUGAGUUAACAAAUGGCAACCCUGAGAUAUUAUUACCACUUCUCUUACCUGGGAAAACCUACAUAUUCCUGCUUCCUGAUGUUUGUUAGUGGCUAAUUCCACUCACUCUGUGAUGCUGGUACUUCUCUAAAGAAUUUGUUCUUCCCAUCUUUCUUUCCCCAGAGACACUGAAAUCCCUGAAAAGAUGAAAUGACAGUCCCAUUUAACUUCUGUAUUUUGGUUCCAGGUAGAUACAGCAUCUCUUAGCAUCAUUUUGUCUCUCUUAAGCUGGCCUUUCUCUUUAUUGGCCAUUCUUCCUUUUACUAUUUCCCCAAAGACUCAACAGAUGUUUACUGAUUCCUGAGAUCUAAAAUGAUGUGGUGUACCCUAUAUGCAUGACCUUCCUUUCUAUAUCCUCAACACUUUGCUUUCCCUCUGUAACAAUAAAAGUGUCAAUAAAAUAACUAUGGACAAAUCA